AUGUCACAACGUACUAAACACAUCCUCAAAUUAUUAGUGCCGCUGCAAGCUACUCCGGUACCAAAUGCAAAAGCAGAAAGGGAAAUGAAAUCUCUCAAUGAUAAGAAAGAUAAUCCCGAUAUUCACAUCACUGCUGAAAGUUGUAUAUCCGAAAAUGAGCUGGAAACCAUUUUACAAAAUGCGAAUACAAAAUUAAAUGUUUUUGACGAAAACCAAUUAAAAUCUGCUAAUAAUGAGAAAGAGAAUCCCUAUACGCACAUCAGUGCUGAAAGUUCUCUAACCGAAAAUCAGCUAGAAAUGAUGCAACACAAUCGUAAUACAAAAUUAAAUGCUUCUAACGAGCUAACAUUCACAUUGGCUUCUGCUAAUAAUAAUUUAGAAUCGUGCCAAGAGAAUAUUUUGCCUUGCUCUGUGACCAAAUCUGCGACAGUGAGUAAAACUGUUGAGGAAACUAACAGUAAUGAGUUUACAUUUACAUUAACUUCUGUUGAUGAUUAUUUAGAACCGUGCGAAGAGCAUAUUUUGCCUUGCUCUGUGACCAAAUCUGCUGAGGAAACUAACAGCACUGAUUCAGAUUUUCCUCAGCAAGAAGAAUUUCCAGAUGAUUUUCAAAGAUUAGAAUUACACGAAGACACUUCAGUCCAAUUUCAAGAGCCAUGUCAGGCAAAUUUGCCAAACGAAACUUUAUCAGAUGAUGUUAGUUCAGAAGAAGCGUAUAACCCAGAUGACGAAUCUUCCAGUUCAUCAGAAGAUAGCAGUUCCACUGAUGGUCCCACAACUAGCUCAAGGAAAAGAAAAAGUCUUUCGGGAAAUGAUUAUAUCAGCAAUGUUAAAAGACCAAAAAAUAUCACUACUGCUUCCAAAGAACACUUGAAGAAUAACAAAAAACAGAGAAAAGCAAAAAAGACCCUUAAAAAUGAAACACGAACAGUAAGAGAAGAAAGAAAGAGAAACAGAAACCUAGGUUUGGAAUAUACAACAAAAAAGGGAAAAUUGAUAAGAGCUAGGGUCUGCAGGCCAUUGUCCAAAUGCAAACUUAAUUGUCAAGAUAAAAUAGACCAUGAAAAGAGACAGACAAUUUUUUCUGAAUACUGGCAGAUGAAAAGCUUUAAUAAACGUGUUGCUUUUAUUGCUUCUUUGAUAAGAACAGAACCCAAAAAAUGUGCAAAACGCAAAACAGAACAUAUUUCGAAACAAAAAAACAGAUUGGUAACACAUAUAUUUCAUUUGCCCUAUAAUGGAGAGCAACUAAGAGUUUGCAAGCAAUGCUUCUUAAAAACUUUUGAUGAAUCAAACCGAUUUGUCACUAAUGUUUUAAAAAAUAAGGCAGAAUCCAGUUCUGGUGUCUGUCGUGAUGAUAAAAGGGGCAUGUCCUCUUCCGCAAACAAGAUUCCUGAUGCUGAUUUGCAAUUAGUAAAAGAACAUAUUAAUUCAAUACCUUCGGAAUAUGUUAAUUGGCUUCCAGAGGGAAGACGGAUUGUAUCAAGAUUUGUUUACGAAAGGGUAUUUUAUUCCAUGGGUUUGAAAAUAAAGUUAUUGAAAAAAGAUACGUGUGCCAAGUGUGACAAAUUUAAUAUGCUUAUAAAAGCAAACAGUGACGAAGCAAAAACGAAUUUGGAAUCUGAAUUAAGUAAGCAUCAAAAAGAAGCUGAGGCUGGUUUUGAGGCAAAACGCAUUGAUAAAGAAUAUGCUUUAAACGAUAAAACAAAAGAAGUCUUCAGUUUUGACCUUCAGCAAUGCCUACCUACUCCAGACAUUAAAACAUCUGUGGCUUUUUAUAAGAGGCAACUCUGGACAUUCAACCUAACAGUUCAUAGGUGUAGGGACCAACAAGCCUUUUGUUACAUGUGGCACGAAGCAGUAGCAGCUAGAGGAGCCAAUCAAAUAGCUUCCUGCUUAUUUAAGCACCUGAGACUUAUUCCUGCAAGCAUUAAGGAAAUAACAUUUUAUUCCGAUACAUGUGCAGGACAAAACAAAAACUGCUUUGUGUCCAUAAUGUUCAUGCUUGCUUUACAGGAGUUUCCUAACAUUGAGAAAAUUAACCACAAAUUUCUUACCCCUGGGCAUACGCACAUGGAAUGUGAUAAUGAUCAUUCCAUUAUUGAAAAGAAGAAAAAAAAAUAUCCAUGUCCUAUUGAACAUCCAAGAGACUGGGUAAAUCUUGUUCGUGUAUGUGGUGUGAAAAAACCUUUCGAAGUCAUUGAAAUGUCCCGCAAUCAUUUCUUUGAAUAUUCUGCAUUACUUAAAACGUUUCUUCAACAAAGAAAAGUUAAUGAAGAUGGCCAAAAAGUAGUAUGGAAAGACAUCAAAUGGCUAUGUUAUUCCAAAGAACCGGGCAUUAUACUUUAUAAAACAUCCCUUGAUGAAGAAGAAACAUUUCGGAAAUUGAGCUUUUUGCGAAAAGGGAAAACUUGGCCAAAAAAAUUUAAAGUUCCUGAGACUUAUAAAGGUGCAAACCCCAUAAGUAGAGAGAAAAAAAAUAAUCUCAUUGAAAUGCUACCCUAUGUUAGCGAAACAUUCCAUGAGUUUUAUAAAAACCUAAUCACAACAGCUGAUGUUAGAGACGUUCUACCCGACGAAUCAGAUGACUCAGAGGAAGAUUAG